AUUGCGGAAUACACGCGUUGUGGGAACCGGUUUAAGUGAGGCUUUAAUUGGUAUUUGUGAAUUAACGCUGUUCUCGUUUAGCAACAACUUGCAAGUAUAGAGCGCACGACCUGUUUGGGCACUUUUUCAUCAGAAAACGCCGCGCUCGACAUAAACUUGAUACUCGAACGUGCUUCCACGCAUUACAGCGAAAUACUGACGAUGCCGGUGUGACGACGACGUAAUGACUGCGACGUAAUGUCGACCAUGGUAUGACGACGACGUCAGUGUGGUGACAACGCUGGAAUCACGACGACAGUGUGGCGACGACAAUGUGAUGAUGAUUCUGGAAUGGUGACGACGGCGUGACCACGACGGUUUGACCACGAAGGCAUGACGAUGACUGUGUGACGGCGAUGGGUGACAACGACGAAAUGGCGAUGGCGACUUUAUGACGACAACGAAAUGCCGACCGCAAAUAGUGAAGACGACAGCUUGGCAACGAAGGAAUGAUCACGAUGGAAUGAGACAACGGCAUGUUUGUGUUGGAGCUCGCGCUCGCGCUUAGAUAUACGGGGUCACCUGCCACCCCAGGCCGCCUCAGUUUGCACAUUGCCCGGUACCGGUCAGUCGACAGCAGCCAGCGCCAACAAAGUGAAUGGUGCUGGCUUUCAAAUGCUUUAAACGGCCGCCGCGAUCUGCGCAGCGUGUGCGCAAAUCGUCGUCAUCGUCUUCUAUGCACCGUUCUACUUGGCGCGUCCGCAGCCCCACGCCCCACGCACAUGCCCUCGGUCGAGUGAGUGUGAGCCCUCGCUCAUGGCGGCUGUAGUCCGCUGCCUCCCUGGGAGGCCCGCGGCUGGCCCUCGCGGCCUUCCACUGGCCCACCGCGCAGACGAGAAGCCCACUGCGACGACGCACCGGCACCCUUUGGCCGCGGGUCACGCGAGGGCCGGUCCAGCGGCCACAGACGCAAACGCGGGAGACGCCAUGGACGGCUGGCGCCGGCGACGACGACGAUGUCCCCGCCACGUGAGAACGCAGCGGCUUCGCGUCGAGCUCGCGUACCAGGAGCGCCACGGGGCAUUCCAUUCGCAGGAGUAGACUCGCGAGGACUGUACGUCGCAGACCGAAGGCUUCUGCCGUUGUGUUAGCCCUUCCACCCAUCGGCGGCCAGCGUAUCUUCGCUCCACCGAGGUUCCACUCGAGCGGCCGACAUGUCUGCCGCUGAUAUCGCCAUGGCGCUCGAGGCCGUCGUAAAGAGCUCCCGCAGGCGCGGCAAUGGCGAGGAGACGGACAAGCGGAAGCGGCCGAUGCGCUUCUCCGGCCAGCACGACAUCCGGCUGCUGCAGGAAGUCGUGAGCCUGAAUCCGUUCAAGGACACGCCACCCACCACCACGUGGGCGUCAAUCUCCAAGAACCUCGAGCACCUGUUCACGAUCAGCUCGAGGCGAUGCCGGGAACGAACCAUCCUGCUGUUGGACCAGUUCAUCAAAGGCGACUACCCGAGCCUGCAGCGUUUCUGCACCAAAGAGGAGUUCGCUAUCAAGGAGCAGCUGCUUCAACAGGUUCUUCAGCAAUAUGAAGACGGCGCAGGUGGAUACAGCUCUCGCAUUGGCGGCGGUUUUGUCACUGCUGCCGCAGCGGCAGCAGAGGACGAAGAGGAUGACGAUGACUUUGACCCGGAGAAGAUCCGGCCCCGUGUCAUUCUGCACGAGGACUCAACGCCUGAGCCGUACACCACUCGCCAGGGAAGCGUCGAGCACGAGCAGAACGGCACGUCGACGAAGGAGCAGACCACUUCCACGUCAUCGUCCUCGGCCAAACGGCCACGGCUCGCCGAUGGCCGAUCGCCUUUCUCCGGCAACGGCGGCGGUGCUCUCACCGAUGACGACGGAGGCCUCGAGGAGUUCGCCGUGGCCGCCGCCAUGGGCGACGCCGCCAAGGGGACUGACUUCCCAACACAGGUGGUGUCCUUCCUGGUGACGCGCCAGGCUAAGGAGAUGCGCGUGCGCGAAAAGGAGCUCAAGCUGCGUCGCGAGGAGCUCGAACUGGAGCGAGCCAAGCUCAAGCUCCAGGAGGACCGGCUCGCCCUCGAGAAGGCGCGCUUCGAGAUCGAGCGCCAGGAGCGCGAGCUGCGGCUCCGCUCGGAGAGGCAGGAGCGGACGCUCUUCAUGGAGGUACUCAAGAGGGUGGUCAGCUCGGGACUCGCGGACUCCUAGCGCGCUUUCCACCUGCCGUGUGCAGGCAGCCCGUGUUCGCCCGCUUUUUCUCUAACUUCUACAAGUGUAUGUGUGUAUGUCUGAAAGACUCCACUUCCACUUGUGCUGGCAGCGUCUGCCUCUCGGGGUUGCAUUGCGUCAGCGGCAACAAGCGCACGGCUUGUGCUCCCGACGGAAAAUGUGGCUACCAUGCUGUUCAGAAGUGUUGAGACAAGUGGUCUAAGGCAUAAAGUGACUUUAUGGGUGCCAUGUGACGUUCACCUGUCGAUGGCAUUAGGUACCUGAGUUAUUUCAGGAAGGACCCUGAAACGAACACAUCACAGUGUAGAGGUUGCGUGGAAGAAAGCACAACUCUUUUAUAAAGAACCAGGGCCAUCUCCCACUCACCAUCUGGCUGCAAUAGGCCUGGUGAUUAGGGUUACAUGGAGAAUGAGGGCGAGAGCUCUACGAUUUGGUCUUUACAACUAAUGCAGCACAAAUUUAACACCAGUACCGCAGCACCAGCAUGGCCCAGUGUGCACUUUUGCAAGGAUGCACUUUUGGAAAGUGGUGCAUGUGUGAGCCUAAUCUGUCUGAAUGCCAGGCUACCCAGUUCCCACCCAGCAUUUCUCACGUUACCGAGGUGAUGUGUUUUACUGCUUCUGUACAGCGCUUCUUGACAAUUGUGAGAGAGGCUGCGACCUGUGCACUUCUGCCCCUGUUUAAUACUUCAUGGACAGCUUACAAGCAAGAUAAGAGAUGGACAGUUGCGCUUAUCGACAAUCCGUCAUUAUACUUACAGUGCAAGAACACAGGACAGACAGGCAGGCAGGCAAUGUGUGUGUCUGCUCCUCUCUUUCUCAUGUUCCUGCACUGUACAAAUAAUCGUGAGUUGCCUACAUAAAUGCACCAUUGUCUCAUUUUGUCAGGUGCCACCUUCCACUUGUUGUAUUCGUUUCAGGGCUCCUUUUGUGAAAGUGUCCUUUUUCUUUGUGUGUGCACUAUUGUAAUGUGUGUGUGCGUGUUUGUGGAUGUGCAUUCGCACUAGUGAUGAGAGCACUCAAUGCACUGUGUAGUUACAAAUCUUGUAGUGAGACAACAUUUAUAUUUAAGUGCACUUUGACACCGGUUAGUCCUGGUUUCCUGCACCAGUUGAUGCAGGUGCACCUGAAGAAAUGAAAGCAGGUGCAUUGUAGCAGUGCUUUCAUGUUUCACAUUGCUCCAGUGGAUACUAAAACAUGGUUUCUCGCUCUUUUCUUGUGUGCCAUUACUUCGCUAAACUAUGUUUGAAAUUAUGCAUACAUGCUUGAAGAGAGUACUCCAAGUUUCUUUUUUGUUUCAUCUUUAUUAGCAGGCCUAGGUAAUAAUAACUUCCUCAAUUUCAGAAACACAGUAGACUCCCGUUAAGAUGAACUCGAAGGGACCACAAGAUAUGUUCUUAUCAAAAGAUUGUCAGAAAAAAGUAAUCCUCAAAACUGUAAAUCUUCUAUUCUUGGUGAACCGAAAUAUUCAUGGCAUAAAAGAGUAAAUGAAACAGUAUUAAAACCAAAACAGACGAUGCCAUACAAAGUACUGCUUUAUAAAGUCUUGGCAAUUGAAUAGAUGUUGCUUUCCGGCACUCUGGAAAUCUGCACGCUGUCACAAAAGCUGAAAUUUCAGCUAGCUUGCUUAAAAGGUCCUUGGUGUUCUCAUGUGGGAGAAAUGUAGCAAAAUAUACAGGGCAUUAUCAUCAAUGCCAUUCAUGAACCCCACUGGUUCUUGUGACUCCUGAGCAGUGUCCUGACCAUAAUUAUCAGCCUGAAGGGGGGGCUCGGGAACCUUCUCAAUUAUUUUCUAUGACAUCAGCCCUACAGGCAUCCACAUGAACAUUGAUGCUGGUGUAGCUUCUUAAGUGCACAGAAACACCAUUUGCUUCUUGUGUGUAGCUAGCAAUGCAGCCUCUGUAUUGGAUUAUCUGAGCCUCUCGCAGAGUUGCAGGCUAUAGUCGGCUGCAGGGGUUAAGGUUAACCAAAUCAGUGGUUUGUUAAGCAGAUUGUUUUGCAUUGGUGCUGUGGGAAAUGGGCGAAUAUUCGCACAUGUUUCCUCACAUCCGAAAAUUUGGCUUAAUCAGGUUCACCUUAAUGGAAGUAUACUGUGUAGAACAAGGCAGCUGGAAUGAUGUCAUCUGCAACGUAAAUUGCUGGCAGAAAGCAUUUGAAAAACUCCCCUGGACAUAAAUUUGCAUGCAAAUUCAUGAAAUUUCUUUUGUUUUUAGGUGAGCCAGCAUAUCAGCAUUGCAUUGCCUCUAGUUGCUUCAGAGACAAUCAAAGACUCUAAGGUUUCCAUUUAGGUGAGAUUGGUUCAGCAGCGAACUUUAGUAUUUUUAAAGGUGGAAGACAUGUUCAUUGCAUCCAAACACAUCCACAGUGUUAGUAUCAAGUUUAUUUCUAGCAUGUUGUCUGAUUGAAAGGAGAGAUUUUGUAAAACACGCACAUACUGCUUUCAGUUUCAAAUGUGUUUCUUGGGACCAUCGCCUCACUCUCAUGAGGGAUUUAGCUUGCUUUGGUAUGACCUACAUUGUAAAUGAAUGGGUGAAUAUAGAGCAUGUUACUGACCCACUGCAUAGAUUGAAAUAGCUUGCGUCGAGAUCGCCGAGACAUAUCUUUGUAGAUACACCACUGGGCCUAGAAUAUGGCUUUGUCAAAUAUUUGCAUGCACUAUUUUUCUGCAGGGAGCACCGGUCUCUGUCAAAUGUGCAAGAAUAUCAAGACACUGUGUGCUUCUAAUGUUGUGUUCUUGAGGUUUGGAACAGAACGCUUAGACAUAUCUGCAUUUGUAUUUUAUGCCACAAGGAAAGGCUAUUGAAUUCUUAGUGAAAACAAAUUUGGACUUUCGAGUCGAAUUGAUGAUGAACACUAGUGACUCAUUCAAGAAGCACCUAAUAGAGUGCAAUGUUACAUCAAACAAAACCUGACCAACCAUAUGACCAUCUUCAGACGCUAUAGGAUGAAAGCAUUGCACAGGGUAUAUCAUGUGUGGAACUAGAACUAAAUGCAGAUAUUCUUGGCGUUCCUUAGUUUGGUAAUUUCCAAGGAAUUCAUCCCAUGUGUUCAAGGCAAAGGGUGCAAGGAAAAUAUGUCACAACCAUUCUUUACUCCGAGAUAGGUUUCCCUGCCUAAUGCAGUAAGUUGUGAUGUCUGUUCCUAAACAUAAAUGUGCUGUUCAGACGUUUGCAAUAGAAGCUAAGAUAGUGGACAAGCAGGCUGUGAAGUAUAUAGAAAUACAUAGGGAUUAUAAGUAGGUUGCCUUAGAAUUGUCGCUUUCACACUAUUACUACCAGGUGGAAGUGUCUUGGCACUAUGAACUCUUUCCUCUCUGGUGAGCCAACAAUAAGCUGAGCGAAUAAUUAUUCAUUUGUAUUGUGAUAGGAAAAGCAAACACCAUUGGGGCCCAAAUGCAACAGACUGCUUCAAAGAAAAACAAUAAUGUGUGCAUAAUUUUACAUAAGCGAGUGCUCACCAUUUGGUCACUCGUCGCAUAGCUUGUGUACUGUAUAUUGUCUGUCAUUGAGGCCUUCAGUUGCAUGUUAGCACCAGUGGUGCCUCUUUCAUCUCAUUCUUAUGCACUGUUCAGACAUUAUCAUAGUCCAUGUACAAUUCAUUAUUUCGUGAAAACUCGAGCUGCACUAAACUCUUUAAUGCAUGACCAUGGUGUAUUUUCACUGUCACUUAUCAUUGCAAUUGUUAGGCUGGCUUUUGAAAGUGUUCAGAACCUGUAACAAGGCCUUCUAAGCUGUCAGUGACCACAAUGCCACCUAAGGCUUUGGAUUGCUAGCGGUACAUAGCGAUAUGCUGUGUGCUCUGUCACAAAAGGUGUGAAGCCAUGGAGCCAUUCUUGUCGCCGCAGCAUGUUGACUGAUUUAUUUAUUUGAUGGUAAUGGAAAUGUUAGUAAAGUUUGUGACUUUGCUUUUCGCAACAUUAGAUCAUCUAAUGAAUGGACAGAAAUGACAUGAAAAAGCAAGCAAAUUGAAACGUAACCCCAAACACCAAGAUGAGCACUCAGUGUCAGCGUACUUGAGUCAUGAUCAGUGUUGUGGUUUGUAAUUCAUUGUCGCUUUGUAUGUUCCAAUAUAUAUUUCAAUUACUGUUUUCGUCGCCUGAAUAAUUGUUUACACAUUGUACCAAAUGUCAUGUCGCGCCCACUGCACUGCCGUAGCACGUAAAAUCCUCUAUGUUGAUGUUGACCUUUUAAAUUUGCCGCAAACGGACACCUGCAAUCAUAGUUCCAGGGUAUGGUAGCGGCCGUUUUCCGACAACAAAAGUGGUCUGCUCUUCACUUUGUGAAGGAAUUUAUUUCAACUAAAUGCCAUGACACCUUGUACAUGUUCACUAAAAAUUAGAUGCAGAGGCAGCGAAUGAAUGGAUAUGCCACUUUUUGUCAUUGAACAUAUAAAGCUAUGCGUUUCAUUGAUUCCCCUGCACUUCCCUUGUCACAGCAUUAAUGACGAGGUGCCAUUCGUGACGCUGACGAGAGUAUGCACAACUUAAAGCCCUUUCCACCAGAUGUGUGCUGGCGCUCCUUCUCGCCUUAUUUUUCUGGCGUCCUCUCCCUCGUGGGCUCACUGUCACUCAAGCACAUACUGCUCAGUCCAAUACGCCAUACGCUACGUUCGCAUUUAUGUAAACAUGGCUUAGUCACGUUUACAUGAAUGUGACAGUAGCAUAUCGCAGUUCCUAGCACAUCACAAUAAUACUAUGUGAUAGCGUGUACAUAUGGCGCAACAAGUCGUAGCCUGUUUCUAGUGAGUGUGUCUUGCCGGUGAGCAGAGAACACACACACCGGCGGCCGUCUCGCAUUUCUUGUUUCCCUCGGUGCGAUGAGCUAUCGUUUACAUGCACCGCGUAAGUACACUUAACGUGUCAAUUUACUCCUCUCCGGGCACAUUAUUGUAAUUCGCUUUCUCAGCCCAUUACCGUCGUUUACAUGUAUGCGAUGUGCUGGAAAUGUAAUGCGCCACUGUCAGAUCAGUAUAAAUGCAGAUAAAAUUGCAUCUUGGAAGUCGCAUGUGCAAAUGAUACCUCGUCAAACUGCAGUCGUCACUUACACCCUGUACACACUUUGCAUUCUGUGUUUUCUUUUUCUUCCUUGCUGUUCACAAAUAAGAAUGUAUACCAACAGAACCGUUAUUACGACACUCUUUGUUACCAUUCCAAAUUUUUUUUUUCGUUGCACCGCUUCCGUAAUUUGGAGAAAGUUGGUUGCGUGCUAGCUAUGUUUGCAUCGGAGAUCAGUCUUGCUACAAGAUCUAAUAACUACCGCUCGGCCAUCCACUUUUUCUUUCUUUGUGUUUUCACAGCGCAAAGGAAUCCGAGAACAACUUGCCAGGCAAAUUCUCUUGAGCUUCCUUUCAAGUAUUACAUUCCAGCUUUGAUGCUGCUGUUUUUUCUUGUAGUUGCAGUUUAAUGAGCUUCAAGUGUGUUUCGUUACUUUCCACAAAAUAUGUCAUUGAUUGCAAGGUUUGUGAAGGCUACUGCUGUUUGUAUAAAUGUUUCUGAUAUAUAGGUUUUUGUAAGUUAGCAACCAGAAGAUGAAGGGGUCUGGUCACUCAUCAGAUAAGAAUGCUGAACAUGGCACGGCAGUGUAAAGCAAAAACAAGUUUAUAAAGAAAAGGAAGAGAAUCGGAUAAUACGAAAUGCUCGCAAUGUGUAAAGAAAUACCGCCAUACAAAAGCGGGCUUUCGUAAACUGUCUUGGUUUCCUUUCCCUGAGUAACUUAACAAGUGACACCUACGCUGUUAGUAACAGCCGAUCAUGUGUAGCUUGCUGUUGUACAUUAUCUAUGUUUGGUUAUUAAAAUGUGCACUUUCUCACAGCGAUGAAAAUUUCCAGGCAUCCAAUUUUCAUUCAUUACCGCUGAGUAAAUAUCAUAGCCAUUCGAAUGUUGAAGCGAUUUUGUACUCGGAUUAUACUGUCAAACAUUUUUCUGUUUCCACUCGCCGCGACUGAGCAAAAACAGAAUAUAAUCGCCUUCCUACCAAGGGGAAACAAUUUAUCUGGAGCGGUCACCUUUCGCAUAUACCAUGUGUCUCAAGUACACGGACCGCACUUGGCUCGCCGAGCUCUUGUUUGUGUUUCCUGAACCAUAUCCAAUUCCUGGAUGGAUGUAUAGGCAUGGAUGUACUUAACUAGCAUUCCCUUUGAAGCGGUCUAGCAGCUGGUGCCGCUGUGUUCGCUUUUUCUGCCUUUCUGCUGCGUUUACUCUUAACCUUUAGGAACCGUCGUUCGCAUUAACAAGCCAUCAAAAUUCUCCCAAGAAGGCUGCAGUGUGGCCCCUUUGUGUAUGUGACCCGACAACAGACGUGAGUUUGAGAGCCAUGACAUAGGUCAUCGUGGUCAUCGCAGCCCAGUGAAUCUCUUCCCGCAUGUUGCGACAAAUUUAUGAUUGUCAGUUUCUGUGUUGUGCGGUAUAUCUCUUUGUCUCCAUUUUGUUUGAUCUUGUACACUAAAUGUUUUAUUUCGAACGCCCAAGCAAGAACGUUCUCAAUGCCAAAGUUGGUACCCAUUUCAAGAGUGUUUGUAGCGCUCCUAUACGCCUUUGUGAUAUAAAUAAAUAUUGUAUUUAUUGACUACA